UAAAACAAUCACACCUGACCUCUCACCGCAUCUCUAGUAACAACAAAUGGCAUCAUGGAAACCAGAGUCUUGCCUAGUAACCAGUGAGUCGUGUAACGUAAUUAUAUUGGUAUUUUAGUUUUUAUAAAUAUUUCAUCGGCAGUUUGAAAUAUGGAUACAGAAAUCAAGAAACAGCACCAGCAUCGUGCCCUUCCACCAAUGCCAAGCCAAGACACUGGAGUUUCAACAGAUGAGAUGCCACUAGGCAAGCCUAAAAAGAAAACGUUCAAAACAAGCAAUGGAAUAGGUAAGACAGAAGAGUCUAUAAUGCAGCCUGGCAGCUGGCGACAUUCAGAAAGCAAAGAACCUCUGACCCCAGAACCUCCGGACAUGCCCCCACAGCGUAAGAGAAAGAAGAAAAAGUCAUUGCAAAUACCCGAGUCUGAAACGUCCUUUAUGCAGAACACCCCAUCAGAACCCUCCAUGCAGAUGGAGACGCCGAAUGACAAUAGUGUAGACAAUCCGGAUGAGGAAGAAGUGAUCCGCAAGCCACAGAAGAGAACCAAAAAAACCCACCCCGCUGAUCUCCAGUACGCCAAUGAGCUUGGAGUGGAAGAGGAUGACAUCAUCACUGAUGUCCAGCCGCCCAUUUCACCGCACGCUCUUUUCACAGCUCCCAUCAGCAACAGCCAGCCAGUGGGAAAAGUGUUUGUGGAAAGAAACCGGCGAUUUCAAGCUGCGGACAGGUCAGAGCUGAGUAAACCUACUGAACAAGCAGAUGAUUACAUGGAGGUGAAAUCCUUGUGGACAACAAGGGAUGUGGCACUAAGCGUGCACCGGGGCUUCAGAGUGAUCGGUCUGUUCUCUCACGGGUUCCUCGCCGGAUACGCUGUGUGGAAUAUCAUUGUGGUGUACGUGCUGGCUGGAAACCAGCUCACUACCCUCCUGAACCUGUUACAACAGUACAAGACUCUGGCCUAUCCAGCACAGUCCCUGCUCUACCUCCUGCUGGCUGUCAGCACCAUAUCUGCAUUUGACAGAGUUAACCUGGCCAAGAUGUCUAUGGCACUGCGUGGCUUUCUGACACUAGACCCUGCAGCCCUGGCCUCUUUCUUGUAUUUUGUUGCUUUGAUUCUGUCUUUAAGUCAACAAAUGACCAGCGACAGGAUAAACCUUUACACAUCACAGUCUGCCAAUGACACCCUAUGGCCUUCUGGCUCUGAGCAACAGAUCCUCCAGCCCUGGAUUGCAGUCAAUCUGGUGGUGGCCCUCCUGGUUGGAAUAGCCUGGGUUUUCCUCUCUACCAGACCAGAAAUGGAUUUCACUGAAGAUAUCAUAUUUGCCAUGAAAGUGGAAGAAUACCCAAAACCAGAAGAAUAAAAAGAAACUCAAGCCUGAAGUAUUUCCCAAAACACUAGGAACUUCAAUAUCAGACUGUAGGCUUUAAAGCUUUUGGGAAUUGUGAACUGCAGUAAUUUUAACUUGCAAAUUUUUUUUUUUAAACUGAAACAAUACAUUAUAGAGAGAAUGAAUGAUGUCAAACAGUCCAGUGACAUGUACAUUAAUUACAAACCUGUAAAAUGUGAUUUGUAUUGCUACACUCCACUGGUGGUAAAACUAGCUGAAAGAUAAACAAACAAAGGAAGGAAGGUAUAAAGUCAAUUUGUUCUUAAGAUGUAUUAAAAAAAGGAUCACACUAGACCAGCAUGCCCUAAUUCAUGUUUGGAAGGAAAAAUAUUCUUUGUUAGUCUAAUGGGAGCAGAGACAAGACAUCAUUGAAGUGUGUACAUGUGGCUGGCUGCUGAUCAGAAAGCAGGGAAUAAUCUCUGUGACAGGCUAAAUUUAACUAGUCUUUUUUUUUUUUUAGGUCUCAGACAAAUGUUUGAAUAGUAAAACAAACAAAAUGUAUUCAUUGGCAAAAACUCCCUUUUUUAAAAAUAAUUGUAACUGUAAUAUGGUAUACUUUUGUUUACUAGCUAAUCCAGAAUUAAAGAAUAAUCCUAUAAGAAUGUUCAAACACGCCAAACCCAUGUUCUUUGGAUGCAAUGUCUAAAAUAAGCACCUAAAUAGUCCAAGUAUCAUAAAGCGUUCUCCAAGACAGAGUCCUAAAAAGCCACUGAUAAUUAUUAAAUAGAUAUACAACUAAACAUAAAACAUAUCUGCAUGCUAAAAGUUCCCACUGAAAAAGGCUUUACAAAUGUGAUCUAGAAAAAGCAUUGUUCUACAAGAUUUCCAGUAUAAAUUGUUAUCCUGGGACAUAUGUUUACAAGCAUAUUUUUUCUGCUGACAAAUAGUAUUGUUUAUUUUAUUAUUGUUCUGUAAAUGUAUCCAGUAUUAAUAUCAAAUAUCCCAUUGAUUGGGGUUACGUCUCUUAAGUACAGGGCAAAAAAAUUCCAGGACGUUUGUUACAGGAUUAUUUUCCAGAGUUUUGAACAAGUUAUGUAUAUGUAUUUUCUUAUACUGUAUAUCACAAAAUUAUUAAAUAUAUGAGAUUUUUUAAAAAAUAUAU